AGAAAAGAAAAGAAACAGCUAUAGAAGGAGUGAAUGAGUGAGAAUCAUGUGACGAGCCAAGCCAGUCCAUACUCCAUGUCUGUGUCUAUUAAUCAAAAUCAAAAGCCAUAAACUUUGUGUAAAUCGCAAGAAAUCCCCUUUUUGUUUCAGUUUUUGCGUCUGAGACUGAGACACUGUCUAUUUCUUGGUUUGGUUUCCAUGGCUUCUACUGCUUCAAGGUUCAUCAAAUGUGUGACAGUAGGAGAUGGAGCCGUAGGGAAGACCUGCAUGCUUAUUUGCUACACAAGUAACAAAUUCCCCACUGAUUAUAUACCCACUGUGUUCGAUAACUUCAGUGCUAAUGUAGUAGUUGAAGCCACCACUGUAAACUUAGGCCUCUGGGAUACAGCUGGACAAGAGGAUUACAAUCGGUUAAGGCCAUUGAGCUAUAGGGGAGCAGAUGUCUUCGUCUUAGCUUUCUCAUUAGUUAGUCGUGCUAGCUAUGAGAAUGUACUGAAGAAGUGGAUCCCUGAACUUCAGCACUUCUCACCUGGAGUCCCUGUGGUACUUGUCGGAACGAAAUUAGAUCUCCGAGAGGAUAAGCACUAUUUGUCAGACCAUCCAGGAUUGGUGCCUGUGACUACUGCACAAGGUGAGGAGCUGCGGAAACAGAUAGGGGCCGCAUAUUACAUAGAAUGUAGCUCAAAAACUCAGCAGAACGUGAAAGCCGUUUUUGAUGCAGCAAUCAGAGUUGUCAUAAAGCCACCACAAAAGCAGAAAGAGAAGAAGAAAAAGCAACGUAGAGGAUGCCUAAUAAAUAUACUAUGUGGGAGGAAAUUCGUUUGUCUCAAAUGAAAGAUGUAUCAUCAUCACAGCUCUUGCUUGCCAAAACGUGACUUUUAUCGUCCAUGACCAACCCAGCUUUCAUUUUUAUUCUAUUAUUUUUAAGCUCAUAUCAAGAAAAACAGAACUUUGGAAAAAUUAGUAUAUUUUUGUAGACACUAACUUAUAAUUUGCAUAUACUAUAUACUAGUCCACUGUAAAGAAUGAGGCUAAAAGCCCUCUGUCCUCUCAUUGAAGUUAAUUUCAGCUUAUUGAGCACAACAA